GAUUCAAUUGAACUUUUCAAUUUAUUUGAUAAUAAUUCUUGAUAAUAAUACUUAAUUGAAAUAUAUAAAUUGAGAUUCAACAGCUUACAUAUGCUGUGACAACGACAACGACGACGACGACGACGACAGCAAACAAUCCAAACAAACAAUCCAAACAAAACAUACUCGUACAAACAAUUUAUAAUACAUACAUAAUUUCAUGCCAACAUUUUAGCUAUUCGACCAUCAUUAUUAUUUUUCAAUGCCAUCAUCAUCAUAAUCAUCAUCGUAAUCAACAUCGUAAAUGCCAGAUAUGUUUGUGUGUGUGCAUCUGUCUAUACCAGACUUUGAAAUUUCUUGUUGUUUCUCUUCCUUGUUCAUGAAAUCUAAAUGAAAUAGAAAAAUUUGGAUUUUUCUUCUUCUUCUUUUUCUUUUUCUUCCAUCAAAUAGUCUCUGUUUGAAAAAAAACAUCUAUAAAUAGCUUCAAAAAAUACAAGUGUUUUGUGUAAAUCUAUUGAAAAUCAUGUUAGAAUGGACAGCUUUUUUUUCUCUCAAGCUAUAACGUCAUCUUUGUUGAGCUUUUGUUAUUGUUGUGUGGAAAAAAAUUCGAAUAGAUUUGAAUUUGAUCCUGAAAUUGUUUGAUCAAAAUUUCAUUUCAUUUCAUUUUAUUUUCCCAUAAUGGCUACUGCAAUGGUUAAUCAUGAUCAUCAAAAUGGCCGUCAUAGUGAUUUAGAUUUUAAAUUGACAAUACGUUCUAUGCAAUUCGAUGAAAUUGAACCGGCCGUAAUGAUAUUUUCUCGUGCUGAUCUCAAUGAUUCAUUGAAUGUUGUACAAAGUUAUUAUGAAUCUGAUCCAUCCGGUUUCUUUGUGGCAAUUGAUGAAGAUUCAGAUAAAGUGAUUGGUGCAUGUGCUGCACCAAUGACCACACAUCAUACAAGAUUUCUUGGACUUUAUUGUGUUGAACCACAAUUUCAAGGUCUUGGAAUUGGCAUGAAAUUAUUCUCAAAAUGUAUGGAACAAGUUGGCGAUGAUAAUUGUGGUCUUUGUGCUGUACCCAGUAAAUUUAAAAUCUAUAAAGAUCGUGCUGGUUUUCGUCAACAAGAAGGUCGAUCCAUGGUAAUUAUUGAAGGUAAAUCUCCAAACAUACAAUCAUUACGUACGGCUGAAAAACUUGAUCAACGAUAUCGUUUGAUUAAAUUGAUGGCUGACAAUAUUGAUCGUUAUGAAUCAUUGAUUGAAAAAAUUAUUGAAUUCGAUGAAACCGUUCAAUUGGACAAUCGUUCUAAAUUAUUACGUCAUAUGUUUGCCAAAACGACGACAAUCACAUUAGCCGUAUUGGAUACAAUGACCAAUGAUAAUAAAAUUGUUGGUUAUGGUUGUAUACAAUUAGAUCCAAUUGGUCGAUCAAUGCCCGGACCAUUAUACGCUAUUGAUCCAUUGAUUGGUGAAGUAUUAUUAUCGGAACUGAUACGUUCGGAUGGCCGUUUUUCAUCCAACGAUCAGAUAGCCUAUUUUACUACCGAUAAUUCUCCUGAAACAAUCCGUUGGUCACUUGAACUACUUGGUUUAAAUGAAUCAUGUCGUUGUGAAAAAUUGUAUACGAAAUUCAUUCCGCCUUUUAAUUAUAAUCAUCUUUAUUGCUGCCAUUCUCCUGAUUUUGCCUGUUAAACUAUCUACUAAUAAUAAUAAUAAUAAAUAUAACUAAUUUCCUAAUUCAA